AUGGUGGCUGUCCAGGCCAAGAAGUUCGUGGACUACCGGAUGGAGUCGGCACCCACGUGGGACGGUGAGAUGCCGGAAACCAAGUACCGGGAAUACUCCCGGAACCUUCGGCUUUGGCUGGUGGAAGCGGUCGAGCGCCUCCCCGGCAAUCUCAUCGGCAAGCGCAUCAUAGACGGCAUCCCUUUUGGAAGCCGCCUGGCUGCUCUUCUUGCUCAUCUUAGUGUCGAAGACAUCACGGCUGAGAAGGGCUAUGAGAAGAUCGUUGGAAUCAUUGAGGAUGCUCAUGAUUAUCUACGAGACGCUAAGCUGGAGCAGGCCUUUGACCAGGCGAUCUUCAAGGGGCGACGUCGGGGCGACCAGACACUCAGUGGCUUCGUCGCGACCAAGAAGGCUGCGUUCGGUGAGUUGAAGCGGCAAGGAUUGGAUCUUUUGAGCAGUCCGGCCGGCAGCCAUCUCUUAGGACAUCUCCUGCUGAGGCAGGGGAACUUCAGCGAGGACCAGAGGCAGCGCAUCAAGGUCCUCACCGAUGGCUCGAUCGACUUCCCGAAGGUCGAGAAGGCCAUCCGUAAGCUGUUUGGGGAGACCGUGGACGAGGCCCAGGCGAUGGCUGCUAAUCGUCAUCGUGCGUUCUGGCAAGAGGAUGGCGAGGAACUUCCUGAUGAUGACGACCCGGCCGCCCUGAGCUACUGGGACAGUGUGUACUAUGGGGAUGCUGUGUCGGAUGAGCCCGAUCCCUUCGAAGAUCUGCUUGAAGUUGACGACGCCGACGGCUCGGUGUACCUCUGCCUCGACGACCCCUUGCCAGCGAUGAUGGACGAGGACGAGGCCGUGUCCUAUGCGGGGGAGCUCUUGUCCUUCGUGUACGGGGUUGCGGCUGAGCGCUGGCAUAAGGGCAAAGGCAAAGGCAAGAGCAAAGGAAAAGGGAAAGGAAAGUUCAAAGGAAAGGACUUCAAGGGCUCAAGUGGCAAAGGCUUUGGAGUGUACGGCACCUACGCUGACCACAGGAAAGCUCUUCAAGAUGCUCGGACAAGCCGCGGUUUUGGCAACGGCAAGGGUGCUGGCUCUAAUGGGUCCAGGCCAAGAACUUCGCUGCAGGAGAUACAAAACCGCAGCCGAUGCCACAAUUGCCGGCAGCUGGGGCACUGGUCCAAGGACUGUCCUCAGAAAAGGAGGGUGCCGUCACCGUCGAGCCCAAGGCCACCAAUGAACCAGAACUCGGCGCAAGGCCGCCCUGGUGGGCCUUCGACAAACCUUUUCUUCAUGGGAGCCCCGAGCCGUCAGGUGGAUGAUGCUGGGCAGGAGUUUUUCAGUGCGGCCUGCCCUGGCGCAAGCAGUGUGUUCACAGGAUUUUCGUCAGCGGAGGAUCUGGAUCAGGAUCCACCAGAAAUGGCAAAGGCCAUCAACCAAGACCAGUCUGCGCCCACCGAGGAAUACAUGCUCUCGUUCCUGUCUUACACCUAUGCUAGCUGUGACUCCGAUGCUGUUGGUACUGCUCUAGUGGACACUGCAGCACAACAUGGGUUGAUUGGUCGAGAAACGUUGACUAGGCAUGACCUUUACCUUCAACAUCAUUAUCAACUUCGGGUGCAGUACUCAGAUGAGAAGGGUGGUACCGUUCGGGGAGUGUGUGGCUCUGAGGAGAUUACUCAAGUGGCGUAUAUCCCGAUUGGCAUUGGGGGUCGCGGUGGCAUACUUCGGGUGCAGGUUGUUCCUGGUUGGGUCCCGUGCCUGGUUCCUGCAUACUUCCUUGACCAGUUGGGUGCAGUGAUCGACAUGUCCAGCUUGCUGAUUGCGUAUGAUGGUCAGUUCCUGCGCAAUAUGACUUUCUCAAGAGUGAGAUUUGGAAGGUGA